CGUCUCCUCCUUCAGCGCGACACGCCCAGCUCAGGAAAGCGCCUUUUUAACGUCCUGGGAUCGGUUCAGACUCUUUAUAGAGAUAAAAUAAGCUUGGUUUUACGUUACGUUUCUCAGUCAACCAGUAGGCCUACUAACAUAUGUCCUCAUUAAGUGGAAAAUCUGAUAAGGAGAUCAGUCAGCUGUUGGAUGAAUAUGGCAUUAAACAUGGACCCAUAGUAGAAUCCACACGGAAGCUUUAUGAAAAGAAACUGAAUGAAGCCAUGGGCAAAAAAGCUAAGCCUUCCUCGCCUGACAAGACAUACUACCGGGAAGAAAAGGAGGAAGUUGAAUAUAUUACCUAUCAUCAGCCCCAGCCACAGCUGACCAGACACGAUGGAUUUGGUGAUGUCACAAGGAGGUCAAAGGUCACCGAUGCAGAUUUUGCCCACAACAUACGGAGGUCAAAUCUGACUGAUUACAGAGAUGACAACAUAGGCUAUACCAAUGAGCCGGUUAUCAGCCCAACUCGUAUGUCCUAUCAGAGUUCUUCUCGGCUUGGCCCGUCAGUCUCCACAUCCAUGCAGCGUGGUCCAUCCAGUCCAGAGACCAGCAAAUCUGGAGGUGUGCCGGGCUGGCUUCGUAUCUUGGCGUUUCUUAUCAUUGCUGUGUUUCUUUAUUAUGUGUACACAUGUAUGGAGCCUGCAGAGGAGACCCCCUUUAAAAGCGUUCAGUAGAGGAAUGGUGAGGUUUUAAAUAUGUUCAGCAGCCCCAACCUAAACUGAUUCUGUACAAGAACAACCAUAAAUAUAGCCUGGAAUAAGAGCUUAAAAAAUAAUAUUCUGUGUGAGUACAGAUAGUGAAGUUUAGUACCAGUUGUCGUACAACCAUGAACUUGUGCAUAAUGCGUAAAGUUUUAUUCAAAUACUUUAUGCAUUUUUAUUAUCAAACAGGUACAGAUGUGGAAGACUAUCCAUAUUAAGAAAAUUCUGAAUUUUUAUGAUAGUUGGGGCAUUUAAAUCUUUAAAGCUUAUUUUCUUAUGAAUUGUAUAUGAAAUCCUUUUGCUGUGGCUUGUGUUCAUGGGACAUUCUGUAGAGCACUGUUUGCUAAACCGUUUCAAUUCGCUGUUUUCAGUGUUAAACCCUUUUAAUAAAUUCUAAGGUGCUGAAUUGAAAACUGAAGAGAUUUGAGCAAUGAAGUACACAAGGUUGUGCUAGUUUGUGAAUAUUAGUUACAGCUAAAGGACAUUGUUAGGCGCAAUGCAACAACCCUUUCAGCCAAGACUAUAUUCACAAUAUAACAAGCUUUCAGUUCCUUAUUACUAUUGUGGAAAAUUAUUAAGGAUAUAAAUUGUAUUUUUUUAUUAAACAGAUUAAUUCAUUCAUUACUAUCCUACUGCUGCUUGUCCCUGACAUGUUAACACUACCAAAAUGCCUUUUUUACUAUACAUAUAUAGUAUUGAAAAAAUGUUUUUGGACAACCUAAGCCACACAUACAAUGUAUGAAUAUCAUUGUUAUUAGAAUUAGUCUUUGAUAAUGACAACUCAGUGCAAACAAAUGUUUAUACUAAAGCUUUGCUCAUUUUGCAAAUUAAUUGAACAC